CGCGUUGAAGUAUCAAUAAUCAUAAUAUUUUUUAAAAUGUAAAUGUAAUUCAGGCCCAAUGUAUUACAAAGGAUUGUACCAUCUGUUCUACCAGUACAACCCAAACGGGUCUGUAUGGGGCAACAUUGUUUGGGCCCAUUCAGUUUCAAAAGACAUGAUCAACUGGAAACAUCUAAAGCCCGCAAUCUACCCGUCAAAGCCGUUUGACCAGUUCGGGACAUGGUCCGGAUCAGCCACCAUCCGACCCGGAAACAAGCCCGCGAUAUUAUACACCGGAAUCAUCGACAACAAACAAUCUCAAGUCCAAAACCUGGCGUACCCGGCCGACUACAACGACCCAUUUCUCCAGGACUGGAUCAAACCGGACCACAUCAACCCAAUCGCAGUACCCGACCCGACCAUCAACAACACCAAAUUCCGUGACCCGACGACGGCCUGGUUGGGGAGGGAUGGACGGUGGAGAAUGGUGGUCGGUAGCAAGAGAGGGAAUAGCAGAGGAAUGGCAUAUUUGUACAGGAGCAGAGACUUCGCGUAUUGGGUCAAGGCGAAACACCCGUUACAUUCAGCUCCGGGCACGGGGAUGUGGGAGUGCCCGGAUUUCUUCCCGGUUCCGGUUCAGGGGAAAGCGGGUGUGGACACAGUUUUAAUGGCCGGCAGGGAGGACGUGAAGCAUGUUCUUAAGGUGAGUUUAGAUGAGACUAGGUACGAGUAUUACACCUUGGGAAAGUAUCACGAAGAGAAGGAUAAGUACAUUCCUGAUAACUCUUCCGUCGAUGGCUGGAAUGGGUUAAGGUUUGAUUAUGGAAACUUUUAUGCAUCCAAGACUUUCUUUGACCCGAGCAAGAACAGAAGGAUUCUCUGGGGUUGGUCUAAUGAAUCUGUUGCCUCCCCAGAUCAGCUUGUGAGUAAGGGUUGGUCUGGAAUUCAGGUUGUCUAAAUCCAUGCUUAUAAAUUUAUUGAUUUCUCUAAAAGUAAACAAAAAUGAUCAACUCCUUAUUACUCUUCUUGAAAUGAUACAUAUAGGCAAUCCCACGAACAAUCUGGCUGGAUCCUUUGGGGAAACAACUUGUACAAUGGCCCAUUGAAGAAGUGGAAGCCGUUAGGGAGAACAAAGUUGAAUUGAAAAACCAAACGCUCAAAAUGGGAGAAAAGAUUGAAGUUAAGGGAAUCACACCUGCACAGGCUGACGUUGAGGUGACUUUCUCAUUCCAAAGCUUGGAAAAAGCAGAGUCUUUUGAUCCGAGCUGGGAUAUCUAUGAUGCUCAGAAGCUAUGUAGCAUUAGGGGCUCAACCAUCCAAGGUGGUCUUGGUCCAUUUGGCAUUGCAACUUUAGCUUCCAAAAACUUGGAAGAGUUCACUCCUGUUUCCUUCCGAGUUUUUCGGAACCAAGACAAGUACAAAGUCCUCAUGUGCUCCGAUGCAACCAGGUCAAUCUUGAAUACCUCAAGAACGUACACACCCUCUUUUGCUGGAUUCGUGGAUAUAGAUUUAACAGUGGAUAAAAAAAUCUCACUUAGGAGUUUGAUUGAUCAUUCAGUAGUGGAAAGCUUUGGCGCGGGUGGAAAAACAUGCAUCACUUCAAGAGUUUAUCCUAUGCUGGCGAUCAAUGACAAUGCUCACUUGUUUGCAUUCAACAAUGGCACCGAGCCGAUUACUAUACAAACUCUGACUGCGUGGAGUAUGGGCCGUCCUAAAAUAUACUAAGUUUUGCACAUACAUAUAUAUCUUGUGUAAACUCGAAGUUGAGAGUUUGCAUUUAGGCUCCAUUCUAAUUUUUUUAGUUUAUCCCUGAUCUUUUUAUUAGUUACACUUUUCCUUUUAGUUUGUAUUGCACUAGUGUCACUUUCCUUUAAAAACCCUUUAGAGUUUUUGUUGUUGUCAUUUUAGACUUCUCGAUUCAUUUACUAUUUUACCAAGUAUAAUGGCAUUCGUUGAAAUUUGGACCCAUAACGGGAGAUC